GUUAGUAGAAAAUGGCAACAUCGAUUUACAAUCUGUAAUUUUUGACGUCAAGCAAACAUCAGAAACUGUCAAAGUCACGAAACAGACGCUAAAGUCUAUCUUUUCGUAAAUAAAAGCUAAAAAUUACUGUUAUUCGUAAUAUUUGGCAUAAAAAGUACUUAAAACGAUUCGUAUUAAGUUCGAGGCUGGGUAUAAAACUUCAAUAUGGGGGAUUUGUGCACCGCUUGCAUGUGUUCGGGGCGGAAUUUGUAUUACAUCGGAGAUACUGGCUAUCACCACUUGUAUUCUCAAAUUUUGAAUGAAAUACAGAUCUACGACACAUCUGCUCUAUACAUCCGAGUGUGCUGGGAGUGCCGCGCCGUGCUGCGCAAGUGGCUGCAGUUCACGCGCCGCGUCAAGCUCAGCCACAACCGGCUGCAGUACAUGCUACAGGUGAACACUCGGAGUUAUUUAUUAUUUACAUCUGCUCUAUACAUCCGAGUGUGCUGGGAGUGCCGCGCCGUGCUGCGCAAGUGGCUGCAGUUCACGCGCCGCGUCAAGCUCAGCCACAACCGGCUGCAGUACAUGCUACAGGUGAACACUCGGAGUUAUUUAUUAUUUACAUCUGCUCUAUACAUCCGAGUGUGCUGGGAGUGCCGCGCCGUGCUGCGCAAGUGGCUGCAGUUCACGCGCCGCGUCAAGCUCAGCCACAACCGGCUGCAGUACAUGCUACAGGUGAACACUCGGAGUUAUUUAUUAUUUACAUCUGCUCUAUACAUCCGAGUGUGCUGGGAGUGCCGCGCCGUGCUGCGCAAGUGGCUGCAGUUCACGCGCCGCGUCAAGCUCAGCCACAACCGGCUGCAGUACAUGCUACAGGUGAACACUCGGAGUUAUUUAUUAUUUACAUCUGCUCUAUACAUCCGAGUGUGCUGGGAGUGCCGCGCCGUGCUGCGCAAGUGGCUGCAGUUCACGCGCCGCGUCAAGCUCAGCCACAACCGGCUGCAGUACAUGCUACAGGUGAACACUCGGAGUUAUUUAUUAUUUACAUCUGCUCUAUACAUCCGAGUGUGCUGGAGUGCCGCGCCGUGCUGCGCAAUGCCGCGCCGUGCUGCGCAAGUGGCUGCAGUUCACGCGCCGCGUCAAGCUCAGCCACAACCGGCUGCAGUACAUGCUACAGGUGAACACUCGGAGUUAUUUAUUAUUUACAUCUGCUCUAUACAUCCGAGUGUGCUGGAGUGCCGCGCCGUGCUGCGCAAGUGGCUGCAGUUCACGCGCCGCGUCAAGCUCAGCCACAACCGGCUGCAGUACAUGCUACAGUGCCGCGCCGUGCUGCGCAAGUGGCUGCAGUUCACGCGCCGCGUCAAGCUCAGCCACAACCGGCUGCAGUACAUGCUACAGGUGAACACUCGGAGUUAUUUAUUAUUUACAUCUGCUCUAUACAUCCGAGUGUGCUGGGAGUGCCGCGCCGUGCUGCGCAAGUGGCUGCAGUUCACGCGCCGCGUCAAGCUCAGCCACAACCGGCUGCAGUACAUGCUACAGGUGAACACUCGGAGUUAUUUAUUAUUUACAUCUGCUCUAUACAUCCGAGUGUGCUGGGAGUGCCGCGCCGUGCUGCGCAAGUGGCUGCAGUUCACGCGCCGCGUCAAGCUCAGCCACAACCGGCUGCAGUACAUGCUACAGGUGAACACUCGGAGUUAUUUAUUAUUUACAUCUGCUCUAUACAUCCGAGUGUGCUGGGAGUGCCGCGCCGUGCUGCGCAAGUGGCUGCAGUUCACGCGCCGCGUCAAGCUCAGCCACAACCGGCUGCAGUACAUGCUACAGGUGAACACUCGGAGUUAUUUAUUAUUUACAUCUGCUCUAUACAUCCGAGUGUGCUGGGAGUGCCGCGCCGUGCUGCGCAAGUGGCUGCAGUUCACGCGCCGCGUCAAGCUCAGCCACAACCGGCUGCAGUACAUGCUACAGUGCCGCGCCGUGCUGCGCAAGUGGCUGCAGUUCACGCGCCGCGUCAAGCUCAGCCACAACCGGCUGCAGUACAUGCUACAGGUGAACACUCGGAGUUAUUUAUUAUUUACAUCUGCUCUAUACAUCCGAGUGUGCUGGGAGUGCCGCGCCGUGCUGCGCAAGUGGCUGCAGUUCACGCGCCGCGUCAAGCUCAGCCACAACCGGCUGCAGUACAUGCUACAGGUGAACACUCGGAGUUAUUAUUUACAUCUGCUCUAUACAUCCGAGUGUGCUGGGUGCCGCGCCGUGCUGCGCAAGUGGCUGCAGUUCACGCGCCGCGUCAAGCUCAGCCACAACCGGCUGCAGUACAUGCUACAGGUGAACACUCGGAGUUAUUUAUUAUUUACAUCUGCUCUAUACAUCCGAGUGUGCUGGGAGUGCCGCGCCGUGCUGCGCAAGUGGCUGCAGUUCACGCGCCGCGUCAAGCUCAGCCACAACCGGCUGCAGUACAUGCUACAGGUGAACACUCGGAGUUAUUUAUUAUUUACAUCUGCUCUAUACAUCCGAGUGUGCUGGGAGUGCCGCGCCGUGCUGCGCAAGUGGCUGCAGUUCACGCGCCGCGUCAAGCUCAGCCACAACCGGCUGCAGUACAUGCUACAGUGCCGCGCCGUGCUGCGCAAGUGGCUGCAGUUCACGCGCCGCGUCAAGCUCAGCCACAACCGGCUGCAGUACAUGCUACAGGUGAACACUCGGAGUUAUUUAUUAUUUACAUCUGCUCUAUACAUCCGAGUGUGCUGGGAGUGCCGCGCCGUGCUGCGCAAGUGGCUGCAGUUCACGCGCCGCGUCAAGCUCAGCCACAACCGGCUGCAGUACAUGCUACAGUGCCGCGCCGUGCUGCGCAAGUGGCUGCAGUUCACGCGCCGCGUCAAGCUCAGCCACAACCGGCUGCAGUACAUGCUACAGGUGAACACUCGGAGUUAUUUAUUAUUUACAUCUGCUCUAUACAUCCGAGUGUGCUGGGAGUGCCGCGCCGUGCUGCGCAAGUGGCUGCAGUUCACGCGCCGCGUCAAGCUCAGCCACAACCGGCUGCAGUACAUGCUACAGAACAACUUUUCAGACAUCGCCCCCGAGCCGCCCCGGCUACAAAUCUGCCAAGUAGUUACCGAAAGCUUUCCCCUACUCACCCACAUUAAGGCGGAACACCCCCAGUCACCGCUGUCUCCGUCACCGCACUCACUCGGUGACGGUGACGGAGCGGACGGAGCGGGUUACGAUGGCGGUGAAAGCGGAGGCUAUGAUUGUGUGAAGGAGGAAGCGAUGCACUGUGAGCCGGAGACCUUUGUCAAUGAUCUGCAGUUUGAAACUAAGAAGAAGAAGGAUAAGAAGCCGCCAAAAAUAAAAGAGAAAUCAAAGAAGAAAGAUAAAGCCAAGCCUGAAAAGGUACCUCCAAAGAAAAAGGUAAAGACUCGGAAGAAACGGCUGGCAUCCUUGGACGAGGAGCAGUUUGAUGAGAGAGAGGAGAUUGAGACGGAUGUAGUGGGAGAAAAGGAGGUAAAGGAUGUGAAGGAUGUCACUGUUAAGAGUGUGGUAGAUGCAGAUAUAGAAGAGCGGAUCCCCGAGAGUUCAACACUGACGGACAGCAAGUGUCUGCCCGACAAGCCUCAAUGCGCCGAGUGCGGCAAGCACUUCAGCUCCAAGAAGACUUAUAGGUACCAUCUCAACGUCUUACAUAAAGGUCAGAACAGAUACCCGUGCCCUCGCUGCGGGAAGGUUUACCAGUGGAAGUCUAACCUUGGACGACAUCUCAGGAGUCAUAAGGCUCGUGAUUCAGGCGAACUGUACUGUGCACUAUGCGACAAGCGUUUCGCGUCCGUCGCGACAUACAGGCAACACCUCCGAGUGUCGCGUCGACAUGUCACCGAGACUGAUUUCAGUUUCACGUGUCAUGAAUGUGGUAAGAAGUUCGUCAGUAAGACUCGACUCCGCGAUCACAUUGAUUGGGAACACCUCAAUAAUAUCAAGUUUAGAUGCCAGCUCUGUAAUAAGGCGUUCAAAUGCCACACAUCUCUGUACGUGCACCUGCAGAACGUGCACAGGAACAAGGAGAAAAAGGACAACCUCUGCCACGUCUGCGGCAAGUCUUACCAGAACGCGGCCAAACUAAAGUACCACAUAGUAGCCAUGCAUACAGGAGAGACGCCUUACCGCUGUCAGCAAUGCAGCGCGGCUUUCGGCUGGUAUUCCUCGCUAUACCGACACGUCAGGGAGGUGCACUAUAAGAUGAAAAUGCAGCCGAAGAAAUCGAAAAAGAUCAAGAAGCCGGAAAUGCCCCCCCUACUCGUACACAAACCGGAAAUGGUUCCCUCUCUACUAAGUCAGAAGUCUGACAUGGGUCCGACAUUGCUGGGGCAGCAAUUGUCUCUCCCACCGCUACCCAUUGGCAACGCUCUAGGGACCAUAGAGCCACGGUAGACUCUAAGAUGACUCUAGUAAGGCCGUAAAGACUAUAGAGCCUUACUAGAGACUCUAAGGUGAC